GCGGAGAGUUGGUGAACAGUGUGGAUCAGAGUCGCUUUGGGGACUAGUGAGCUUCUCAUACAGCUGUCCGGAGGAGAGCAGCGGAGCCAGGCAACAUAUGAUCUGAGAAGGUGUGUCUUGUCCUCCUGUCUGCUGCUACCAGGAUGCAGUUCUCAGUCAGACUGAGCCUCUGCCUGCUGGGCUUCGUUCUCGUCUCUGUAAUCCCUCAGCCAGCACAGGGUCAAGUUUCAUCGCCAAGGAGAUUCCGUGCCAAAGUCCUGAGCCCCACUAAGCUGCAUGUGUCAUGGAAAGAGCCAAAAGGACAGUUUGAAAGCUACAAGGUCAUUUACACCACACAGCCAGGUGGAGGGCAGAAGGAGGUUCAGGUAUCGAAGCAGGAUGCAAAGCUGCUCAUCGAGGACUUUGACCCCUCUAAAGAAUACAACUUUAAGAUAAUUGCUGUCAGUGGGGGACAGCAGAGCAAACCUCUUCAGGCCAAACAUGAAGCUCAACAAUCAGCCGUUGAGAUGGUUCAGUCUCAGAGGAGACAGGACAGCGGUGUCACCGAGGAGAACAACGAGAUAACAGAAGCUGGAGAUGAGUUUAUGUGUAAGACUCCGGCCAUAUCUGACAUCGUUAUUCUGGUGGAUGGCUCCUGGAGUAUCGGCCGCAUCAACUUCAGGCUGGUCAGGACCUUCCUGGAAAACCUGGUCAAGGCCUUUUCUGUGGAGUUUGACAAGACCAGGAUUGGCCUGGCUCAGUACAGCGGCGACCCCAGAAUCGAGUGGCAUCUUAACACUCACACCACCAAAGAGGCUGUGAUCGAUGCUGUGAAGAACCUGCCGUAUAAAGGAGGAAACACACUGACAGGUCUGGCUCUGACCUUCAUCCUGGAGAACAGCUUCAAACCCGAGUCCGGAUCCAGGCCUGGCGUUCCCAAAAUAGGAAUCCUCAUCACUGACGGGAAGUCCCAGGAUGAUGUGAUACCCCCCGCACAGAGCUUGAGGGAUGCUGGGAUAGAAUUGUUUGCCAUUGGUGUGAAAAACGCUGAUGAGAAUGAACUGAAGGCCAUCGCCUCUCCUCCUGAGGAAACUCACGUCUACAAUGUGGCAGACUUCAGCGUGAUGAGUGACAUCGUGGAAGGCCUCACCAAGACUGUCUGCGACCGAGUGGAGCAGCUCGACAAGCAGAUCAGAGGGGGAGGACAACCAGCCCCCCCGCCCACCUCUGUAGCGCCGCCCCGUGAUCUGGUGACAUCGGACAUCACGGCUCGCAGUUUCCGGGUGACGUGGACCCACGCACCAGGCCAGGUGGAGAAGUACCGCGUGGUCUACUACCCAGCCAGCGGAGGACAGCCAGAUGAAAAGGUGGUCCAUGGGACAGAGAACAGUGUGGAGCUGAGCUACCUGAACUCUCUGACCGAAUACCAGGUGGCUGUUUUCGCCGUCUAUCGCAGCUCUGCCAGCGAGGCUCUGAGAGGAAGUGCUACCACAUUGGCCCUGCCCAUGGUGAACGACCUGGAGCUGUUUGAUAUCACUCACAGCACCAUGAGGGUCCGCUGGAAGAUCGCCGCUGGUGCCUCUGGGUACAUGAUCCUGUAUGCCCCGCUGACCGAGGGAGAUCCUGCAGACGAGAAGGAGGUGAAGGUGGAGGGCUCGGUGAACGAGGUGGAGCUGGAGGGAUUGACUCCUGACACGGAGUACACGGUGACGGUUUACGCCAUGUAUGGAGAAGAGGCCAGCGACCCCAUGACCAGCCAGCAGACCACAUUACCGCUGACGCCGGCAAAGAACCUGCGUUUCUCAGAUGUGGACCACAGCUCCGCCCGGCUCACAUGGGACUCUGCUUCCAGGAAGGUCAAAGGCUACCGCAUCAUGUACGUCAAGACCAACGGAGUCCAGACCAAUGAGGUGGAUGUUGGCCGUGUGACAUCCUGGUUGCUAAGAAACCUGACUUCCCUGACAGAGUACACAGUUGGUGUGUUUGCCGUUUACGAUGAGGGACAAGCUGAGGCCGUGACUGACAGCUUCACCACGAAGACCGUCCCUGACCCGCCAGACCUGAGGAGCAGUGACAUCUCCACUGACAGCUUCAGGGUGUCAUGGCAACACCCAGCCUCUGAUGUGGUGCUGUACCGCCUCAUCUGGACGCCCACAGAUGGAGGAGACAGCGAAGAGGUUCUGGUGAACGGAAACAUUAACACCUACCUGAUAAAAGGACUCAGCCCCCUCACCGAGUAUGAAGUCCUCCUCGCUGCCAUCUACGGCAACAAGGUUGAGAGUGACGAGGUGAUCCUCGUAGAGUCCACGGUUGAAAGAACAACUACCCUGGCCACAACAACCACCACUGCAGCAACUCCUCGUUAUGGGGUGAGGAACAUGAGGAUCGAUGAGGAAACCACCUUCAGUAUGCGGGUGGCGUGGCAGCCUGCGGACACGAGGAAUGUCCGACAUUAUCGACUGAGCUACAUCAGCGCCAAGGGAGACCGAGCAGAGGAGACGAGGACGGUGCCCACAGGUCAGAACAGCCUGGUUCUGCAGCCCCUGCUGUCAGACACUGAGUACAAAGUCGCCAUCACUCCUGUUUACCCUGAGGGAGAUGGACCGACAGCGGCACGAAUGGGACGAACACUUCCUCUCUCAGCUCCAAAGAACCUGAGGGUGUCAGAGGAAUGGUACAACCGCUUUAGGAUCAGCUGGGACGUUCCUCCUUCACCCACCAUGGGCUACAGGGUUGUCUACCAGCCUCUCUCUGCCCCUGGACCAGCUCUGGAGACCUUUGUAGGAGAGGACGUGAACACAAUGCUAAUUGUCAACCUGCUGAGCGGGACCGAAUACAGUGUCAAGGUCAUCGCCUCCUACACCACCGGAUCCAGCGAGGCUCUUUCAGGGAGGGCCAAGACCUUGUAUCUUGGGGUGACUAACCUGAAUACAUACCAGAUGAGGAUGAACAGUUUCUGCGCCCAGUGGCAGCCUCACCGACACGCCAGUGCCUACAGAGUGGUCAUCGAGUCUCUGCUCAAUGGUCAGAAGCAGGAGACGAAGCUGAGCGGAUCAUCCAACAGACACUGUUUCAACAACCUGAAGGCCAACACGCAGUAUAAGAUGAGUGUGUACGCUCAGCUCCAGGACGGGACUGAGGGGCCUGCAGUCACUGUGAUAGAUAAGACACUACCCAUCCCAACUCCGGCUCCAACCAGGCCCCCCACCACCACGCCGCUGCCCACCAUCCCCCCUGCAAAGGAAGUCUGUAAGGCAGCUAAAGCAGACCUGGUCUUCCUGGUUGAUGGUUCCUGGAGUAUUGGUGAUGACAAUUUCCUGAAGAUCAUUCGCUUCCUGUACAGCACAUCCGGAGCUCUGGACCAGAUCGGCCCAGAUGGCACACAGGUUGCCAUCGCCCAGUUCAGUGACGAUGCCCGGACUGAGUUCAAACUGAACUCGUACAGUGAUAAAGAGCGACUGCUGGACGCCAUCAACAAGAUCUCCUACAAGGGAGGAAACACAAAGACAGGUCGAGCCAUCCAGCAUGUGAAGGAAAACAUCUUCACAGCAGAGGGAGGAGUCAGGAGGGGAAUCCCCAACGUCCUUGUGGUCCUCACCGAUGGCCGAUCUCAGGAUGACGUCAACAAGGUGUCCAAAGAGAUGCAGAUGGAAGGGUACAUUGUAUUUGCUAUCGGCUUUGCUGACGCUGACUACGGGGAGCUGGUGAGCAUCGCCAGUAAACCCAGUGACAGACAUGUCUUCUUUGUGGACGACCUGGACGCCUUCAAGAAGAUUGAAGAGAAGCUGGUGACCUUUGUGUGUGAGGCUGCCACUGCCACUUGUCCGUCUGUACCGAUGAGCGGCAGCACAACUCCAGGUUUCCGUAUGAUGGAGCUGUUUGGGCUGAUGGAAAAUCGGUAUGGCAGCAUGUCCGGCGUUUCUAUGGUACCCGGCACCUUUAAUACCUUCCCCUGUUUCCACCUGCACAGUGACGCUUUUCUGGCACAGCCAACCAGGUACAUCCAUCCUGAAGGGCUGCCCUCUGACUACACCAUCACCCUGCUGUUCAGACUGCUGCCCGACACUCCGGAGGAGCCCUUUGCUCUCUGGGAGAUCCUCAAUAAGAACAACGAGCCUCUGGUGGGAGUCAUCCUGGACAAUGGAGGAAAGACUCUGACGUUCUUCAACAAUGACUACAAAGGAGAGUUCCAGACGGUCACCUUCGAAGGGCCAGAAAUCAAAAAACUCUUCUACGGCAGCUUCCAUAAGCUUCAUAUUGCAAUCAGCAAGACGAGUGCCAAAGUGGUGAUUGACUGUAAGAUGGUGGCCGAGAAAACCAUCAACGCAGCGGGAAACAUCACCAUCGACGGACUGGAAGUUCUGGGCCGGAUGGUCCGCUCUAGAGGGAACAAGGACAAUUCUGCACCGUUCCAGCUUCAGAUCUUUGACAUCGUCUGCAGCACUUCGUGGGCCAGCAGAGACAAGUGCUGUGAACUUCCUGGUCUGAGGAAGGAGGUAGACUGCCCGGCCAUGCCCAAAGCCUGCACCUGCACCCAGGACAGUAAAGGCCCCCCUGGCCCUGCUGGACCACCAGGAGGCCCAGGAAUCAGAGGAGCCAGAGGUGAUCGUGGAGAGCCAGGCCCAGUGGGGCCCACUGGUCCAGCAGGUGAUACAGGUGUACCAGGACCUCAGGGACCCCAAGGACCACAGGGACCCAGUGGACGCUCCAUCAUAGGACCUUCAGGUGCUCCAGGAGAGAGAGGACAGAAAGGUGAAGCUGGACAACAAGGAGCACAGGGAGUUCCUGGCAGAGCUGGAGCUCCAGGCAGAGAAGGACCUGCAGGACCCAGAGGACUGCCAGGCAAAGACGGCCCACCGGGCAGACAGGGUCCAACAGGAACUAUUGGGACACCAGGAGCCCCAGGGGCCCCGGGUAACACAGGCCCUCCAGGAAAACAGGGAGAACUGGGACCACCACUGCUGUACAAAUGUGGACACUAUCCAGGAAGAGGCAGGAAGUUGUGUCAGUCAGUCUUAACAGAGUCUGUCAGAGAAUCACAGCGUGCAGUGAAAGUGUCUGUCAGCAGGAUAAACAGCUUCCUGUCUGGUCUGAAGGUCCACGAGACUGUCAGCCUCAACCUGCCUUCCUAA